GUACUAAUUUUAAUAAUUUCCUAUCUUGUCCCUUUUGGUCUCCACAUAAGUACAAAAAAUUUCUUGAAAGAGGUUAGAUAUGGAACUUCCAAGUCAAGAUCAUGAGGAUAUGCCAAUACCAAUUAACAGCACAUAUGGACACAUGAUACAUCAUGAUCCUACACCACCCCACAAUACCAAUCACAUUAUUCCACCACCUUCUAUGAAUGGUCCUCCUAUUGAUGCACCACCAGUAGCAACUGCAGCAGAUCAUCAUGUACCUUUCAAGAAAAUUAUCAGGUACAAAGAGUGCCUAAAGAACCAUGCAGCAUCUAUGGGUGGUAAUGCAACAGAUGGAUGUGGAGAAUUCAUGCCAAGUGGUGAAGAAGGUACAAUUGAAGCUCUGAUUUGUUCAGCUUGCAAUUGCCAUAGAAAUUUUCAUAGAAAAGAAAUAGAAGGUGAUCAACAACUUCAAUUACCUUCUUCUUGUGAUUGCUUCCAUCAUCUGAACAACAGAGGAGGAUCAACAAAAAAAGUUUAUUUAGGACACAAAACUAGUUUAGGUCCUGAACCAUUUGGUACAAUAAUUCCAACUAGACCAAUAAUACCACCACAUCAUCAAAUGAUAAUGUCAUAUAACAUGGGCUCACUUCCUAAUUCUGAAUCAGAAGAACAUGAUCAAGAUCAUCAUCAUAUUGGUGGAAUUAUGGCUAUGGCUAGACCAUUACAUCAUGUCAAAAAGAGAUUUAGGACUAAAUUUACUCAAGAACAAAAGGAUAAAAUGCUCAAUUUUGCUGAAAAAGUUGGAUGGAAAAUACAAAAACAAGAAGAAGGUGUUGUGCAACAAUUCUGUCAAGAAGUUGGAGUUAAAAGAAGAGUGCUUAAAGUUUGGAUGCAUAACAAUAAGCAUAGCCUUGCCAAGAAAAAUGUUAGUAUUCCUAAUGAAAAUCAAGUUUGAUGAUUUUUAUCUUACUUUAAUUUGCUUUUUUUAAAUAAUAUCUAGU